AUGUUGAAAAUCUCCAUUUGCACUUUGGUUGCCAUGGCAUCUUGCAUUGUUGCUAUACCCAUUCAACAACAACAACAACAUUUCGAAUUAGAUCGCCAUUCAAUCCCAAUUACCAAAAAAAUACCCUCAUCUUAUAUCAAUACCUACAAGAACAUCAAUGAAUUAGAGUCAUAUUACAGCAGAAUUGUUAGUCAAGUAGUCGACGCCACCGUCUCUGAGAUUAUAGAAACUGCACCAGAGACAUACCUGACUAUUCAUGAAUUGCAAUUUGCUGGCAGAGAAUACUGUCGUAUCACAUUAAAGGAGUUUAUGGACGUCUUGGAGCACGAAUUAACUCAUCAUAUCAAGGACAGUCUACUUGCAUCUAUUCGACCUUUAUUAGAGGGCUACAACAAGAACGAUGUGAUUGAAUAUAACCACUACAUCAGCCAACAGCUUGGCUUCAUCCUGAAUCCCAAGCAAUUCUCUCAAAAAAUCAUCCAGACCGUGUACCAUGAAAAUCAAGACGACAAGCAUACGAGCACAGUUUACAAGAUUUGGAAGCUAAUGACUAAUCCAGCAUGGGCACAAACCGUUCAUCACGAAUCAAACGAGUCCAUGGCACUCGAGGCUUGGUUACAGUCAUGGCUGAUGGAUAUUGAAUACUCUUUAAAAGAUGAUUUUGAUGCUAAAAUCUAUACUUUGUCCCUCACCUUGUAA